AUGAAGAAACUGAAACGCCAGACCGGCUCCGUCAUCGUCCACUUUGGCUUGCACAAGCUGCAGCUGAUCCACGAAGCGAAGAAGGUCUGCCCAGAUGUAGUCAUCGUCCUGGGCGAAGAUCUUACCCGCUUCCGGAAUGCUUCCAAAGAACUCUAUGCUUUCUUGCGAUCGUUUUCCUGGAACUCCCGUUGUGAACGACUAGGCUUUGAUGAGGCAGAGAAGGGCUACACGGCCACGGUUGGCAUCUCUACGAAUAAGCUUCUGGCAAAGCUUGUCGGCAACACAUAUAAGCCCAAUGCUCAAACUACACUGGUCCCGCCCUAUACGACUGAUGAAGACGAUGAGACUAUCGACAACGUGACUGCCUUCAUCGACGAUCACGAAGUCGGCAAGAUUCCCGGCAUAGGGUUCAAGAUAGCACAAAAGCUCCGAGCCCACUUACUGCAGAGGCCGGCAGAAUUUGAUGCUGGACUGGUGUAUGGUGGGACCAAAGAGGCUGUUCUUGCUCGCGAUGUAAGAACGCAUCCUGGAAUCGGUCCGGAGACGUUGGAGCGGAUACUCGGUGGUCCGGGCGUACCACAUGGCACCGGGACCAAAGUGUGGGGUCUACUGAACGGCUGUGACGACACAGAAGUAGGCCAAGCACGCGAAAUACCGCGUCAAAUCAGUAUAGAAGAUAGUUACAUGCGCUUAGACACCCUCGAAGCCGUGACCAAAGAGCUGCGCAUGCUAGCCAAGCGACUGCUCGAGCGAAUGCACACCGAUCUCCUAGAAGAAGAUGACGAUGCACACGACCUAUCCACGGCUCCCACUUCCGCCACCACUUCAAAGCCUAUGAAGCGCUGGCUCGCCCACCCGAAAACACUCCGACUAACAACCCGACCACGGCCGCCUCAAAACCCAGAUGGCACCCGCAAUCGGUCCUUUGCACGCAUAUCCAAAUCCGGACCCAUGCCAACGUUUGUCUUCAGCCUAAAAGACGACAAUAAUAAUACUAUGGAUGCCGUGGUUGAGAAACUGCUGUCCGAGACGUUGCUACCGCUGUUUCGCAAGCUGCAUCCGGAGAGGAAGGGAUGGAAUCUUAGUCUGGUUAAUGUUGCGGCGACGAAUAUGGCGGAUGCGGCGAGGGAGAGGGGUGGCGUGGGGAGGGAUAUUGGGAAGAUGUUUAAGAGGCAGGAUGAGGUGUUGAGGCAGUGGAGGGUUGAUGAUGAGGUGGUGAGUGAAGAACAGGUUCAAGUUGAAGCAUCUUCAUCACCAGAUGAAGCGCCUUGGUUGCAAGAAGCAAGGCGGCAACGACGGGAAUAUAUGAUGGACGAAGAGCCAUUCAUACCUGAAGAAGACUGGGUGAGUGAACAGCAGCCUCAAGUUGAAGCGUCUCCAUCACCAGACGAAGCGCCCUGGUUGGCAGCAGCGCGACAGCAACGCCUAGAAUACAUGAGAGACGAAGAGCCAUCCAUACUCGAAGACGAUUUCGUCAGUGAACAGCAGGCUCAAGUUGAAGAAGAUCUCGUGAGCGAAGAGCAUGUUCAAGUCGAAGAAGAUUUCACGAGUGAACAGCAACCUCAAAUCGAAGCUUCUCCAUCACCAGACGAACCGCCCUGGUUACAAUCAGCGCGCCAGCAACGCCUAGAAUACAUGAUGGAUGAGGCCUGGCCGACAGGUGAGAUUAUACACAGGCAAGGUUCUGAGGAUUUGCCUACUUCGUCACAGAAAAUCGGGUCGCCCGUGGAGGAUGAAGAUAUCUGGGAAGAGGAUGAAGAAGAUAUGACAGAUGCCGAUUCUUUUCGCUGUGAGGAGUGUGGUGCUGUUAUGCCGAGUUUUGCUAUGGGUGCGCAUUGGAGGUGGCAUGGUAUGAUGGAGUAG